AUGGCUACGACGAAAGAGUUCACGCGCGAUGAGGUCGCAAAGCACAACAAGCAGGGUGACCUCUGGGUCAUAAUCGACUCGAACGUGUACGACCUCUCCAAGUUUGCCAAGCUGCACCCCGGCGGCCUCUCGGUCCUCACCGACCCCGACGUAGCGGGCAAGGACGCGACGACGGUCUUCUUCAGCUUGCACCGCAUGGACGUGCUGCAGAAGUAUCCCAAGCUCAUCAUCGGGCGUAUCCGCGGCGAAACGCCGACGAUCAAGCCACUGCAGCCCGGCGACCUCUCGCGGGUGCCGUACGCGGAGCCGGCGUGGCUCGUGCCCCAAUUCAGCUCGCCGUACUACAAAGACUCGCACCGUCUGUUGCGGAAGAAUCUGCGCAAAUUCGUCGACGAGGUGAUCACGCCCGAGGCGCGGGCGAACGAGAUCAGCGGCGAAAAGGCCAGCGACAGAGUCACCAAGGCUUGCGCCGAUGUUGGUCUGAAUUAUAUGCGUCUCGGCCCCGGGCCGCACCUGCACGGCAAGACGCUGAUGGGCGUCAAGGGCGAGGAGUUCGACUACUUCCACGAACUCAUCGUGAUCCAAGAGCUGAGCCGGCAGAUGGCAAAGGGAUACGGGUCAGGCAUGGGCGCGAGCUUGGCCAUCGGCACGCCGCCCGUCAAGAACUUUGCCAAGGAGCCUCUGCGCUCGCGCGUGCUUGGGGAGAUUCUGCGCGGCGAAAAGGUAGCCUGUCUCGCGAUCACGGAGGCUUUUGCUGGCUCCGAUGUGUCUGCGAUUAGGUCUAGGGCCACGAAACAACCCGACGGCAGCUGGCGGCUCGACGGGACCAAGAAGUGGAUCACGGCCGGCAUGUACGCCGACUACUUCAUGGUUGCUGCGCGGACGUAUGGCGGGAGCGCCCCCGACGGGUCCAUCUCGUGUUUCCUCGUCGAGCGGCAGCCUGGGCUGGAGACCACGCGCAUUCCGACCAUGUACUCCCCCGCCGCGGGCACGGCGUACGUCACCUUUGACAAUGUGAACGUGCCGCCCGAGAAUCUGAUCGGGGAGGAGGGCAAGGGCCUCUUCAUCGUCUUCUCCAACUUUAACCAUGAGCGCUGGUCCCUCGUCGCCGGCACCGCGCGCACGGCACGCACGAUCGUCGAGGAGUGUCUCCUCUGGGCCGCGCAGAGGAGUACAUUCGGCAAACCCCUCAUCACCCAGCCCGUGAUCCGGUACAAGCUCGCGGGCAUGAUUGGGAAAGUGGAGGCGAUCCAGGCCUGGCUCGAGCACGUCACGCACCAGAUGACGACGAUGGACUAUCGUACCCAGGCGACACAUCUGGCGGGUCCCCUUGCGUUCCUCAAGGUCAUGAGCACGAGGUGGACGAGCGAGAUUACCGACGACGCGGUCCAGAUCUUUGGUGGCCGAGGACUCACGACGACGGGCGUGGGGAGGUACAUCGAGCAGUACCAUCGGUCGAGGAAGUUUGAGGCUGUCGGAGGGGGAAGUGAGGAGAUCAUGGCCAACUUGGGCGUGAAGCAGCUCAUGAGGAGCAUGCCGAAGGAUCAGAGGUUGUAG